UUUGAGCAGUACUUAUAUUUGAUCAGUUAAAACAAACACAUUUUAUUUUUUUUAAAUAUGCAUUCAUGUAUAGAUAGAUAUUAGAUGUAUGCAGCCCGCAGGUAUGCAGGUGGAACUGAGAGAGGAGCCCGUGGGCGGAGUUACAAUCUCAACAGGCGAAACCGCUUGUCAGAUCCUUCAGUUCAGUUUGAUUGCGCGAAAACACGAGAGAGAUUAUACACACGGCGCGAGCAUGGCCACCGACUUCACACAAGACUCAGUGCUGCGAUUCAUCAUCAACAACGGCGGGACGGUGCGAAACGCGGACUUGUUAACCCAUUACAGGCGGUUUUUGCGGGAGGACGAGGAGAGAGAGCAGAACCGGGAGUUGUUUAAGAGGUAUGUGAACUCCGUGGCGACUGUGAGGCAGGAGGAGGGGGUGUCUCAUGUAGUGCUGAGGAAAAAAUACCGUGUGCAUCUCGGAGACGUCGCCAAGAACCGAGAGCCUGAACGAGACUCAAAACAAGCAGCGAGUGGGAAACCACAAGCUGUUUUGACCAUCCCGACUCGCGCUGAAAUCUUGCCAGUUGCUGGUAUCCUCACCAACAACGAUUCUACUCCCAGUUUUGAGAAAGCUGUCAGAACUUCACCGCCACAUGGGAGGGAACAACCUUCUGUCUCUACUUCCUGUGAGAAACAGGUUAACGAUACCUGCCCUUUGAAACCAACCCCAUCUGACACGGACAGUCGCUCAAAUGGGAGCGGCCAGAGCUAUGAACAACAGCCAUGGGAGUUGAAAGCAACCAGGGAGGCAACAGAGCUGGAGCACAACGGUGUUUACGUUGCCAAACAGAGACAAUUAAGGGAAGCAGAUGGUUGCGAGCAAUCCUUCGUCAACCCUGCACAUUGUGCUUACUACGAGGUUAGAGUGUCGCCUACCAUUGAAAGGCAAAGCACCUCAGACGUUCACAUCAAAGAAUGGCCUUUGCACUCGGCCCUUGGACAGCCUCACAUAUACAAGUCUUCACCUUGCCUUCUGGACCGCCCUGUUUCUCCACACAUACAGUCCCAGACGUACAACCAAGCUGGCUUAAGCCGAAGCAAUGAUAGUCUACUACGACCAAACGGAGGGUUUAAUGGAUUUCCAAUUCAGGAACGGGACGAAUAUGAGCCUCACGGCUUGUUCGUUGACGACCCUGCAAUGUACCUGCAGAUCCGUCGCCCAUCGAGUCUAUCCUCAAGUCGUGAUAGCGUCUCAAUCCCAUCCCCUUCUUCUACUCCGCCCGACACCGGUUGGCCACUUGGCAAUGAGUGGUCCAGCGACCAGGGACUUGUCCCAGGACAAGAUGAGAACGAUGUACGCGCUUUCCUGCGUCGCACUCAGGAAGCAAGACUGCUUUCGCAACUCCAUCAACAGAGUCGCACCGUCACACCCAUGCACCACUCGAUGGGUCACCUUGUCGACGAGGACUCGAGGGCGUCUACGCGAAGCAGUUCGCCAGAGACCCAUCGCGGACCCAUCGUCCGCCGCUUGACGUCCCGUCUGCGGAGUCGCAUGUGUCGGAGUCUCGGAGAAGACCUUGAUCAGCCGUUCCCAGAGGACAACAUCUCAGCGCGGCACAACCGUCUCCAGCUGCUGUCCUCGACUCUAAGCAUGGGAAACUUAGUCUCGCAGUCCUCUAGCCGAGGACAAAGUUCCAGAGAACUUUCAUCGCCUGCUGGAUCCACACGAAGCUUAUCAACCUCCGUGCACGAUGGUUCCUUCAGCAGCAAACAUUCCUCCAUCCCUCUUGACCCCAGAGAACACGACUGGUUUGUCAAAGCGGCAUUAGGCACAUGGACCGACAUCUAUGCUCUCUUCCGAGACGAUCCAAACCUCUUGAGCAAGCGAGACUUCAUAUCCGGCUUCACCGUCGUCCACUGGAUCGCCAAACACGGCGACCACCGAGUCUUAAACACACUGUGGUACGGCGUCAACAAAGUCGGGAUGACCCUGGAUGUCAACGCAAAGACCUUGGGUGGCUACACGCCGCUUCACCUGGCGGCCAUUCAUGGCCAUAAGAAACUCAUUCGGCUCCUGGUGCAAAAGUUCAAAGCUGAUGUGCGGAUAAGGGACAGCAGUGGGAAGAGACCGUGGCAAUAUCUGAGCAAAGAUGAACAACGGGACAUCUUAGAGCUUCUGGGUGCACCACAAAAACGCAUUAGUGGUAGUCCAGCAAUGCCAGAAAACCUGUCCACAAGACCUGCGACAACCAAGGGACAGCUUUGGUCCAGUGCCCUGUAAUUGUUUUUACCCUUGAGCUCUGCAGGUGUAGGAAACUUUUUGUGCCCCCGUUGUACUUAAUCUAGGAAACUAUGCUGAUGAUGUAAGCAUUUCAAUCUCGUUUACGGCUUUUGUUUUUGUUUUUCAUGUUGGGAUGCUGCAGUUGGUGACUAUCUUCACAUGAUCUCACACUUUGAUGCUCUCUAGCACUGUAUGCGUUCGUGAUGAAUACCACAGAUAAGCUCCUAGCUGGUUUAGACCGUUUAAUAUUUAACUCACCUUUCCUUCUUAUCUCAAUACGUUGGAUGAGCAAUAAAGAAAAAAAAACUCUAAAUUCCAACCCAUUUAUGAGAACAUUCCAGCUGUUGCUGAGGAGAUGCCAAAACAGCUGCAACUCACAGACCUCCUUAAGUGUUGCUUUAGCAUCCGAUUAACUUAGGUCAAGUUUUCUCUCUGUCUUUUUUGUUUUUCUCAGAAUCAUUUAAUGGAGUGAGUAUUGAGGUGGGAAUGGAAGUUCUCUAUUGAGUUUCAAGGCUUGAUGAUUUGCAUGCCUGGCUAAACCUGUUUUUGUGUGUUCCGUCUGAUCUGAGAGAUACAGAAAAACUGAGUUUGGGAGGAGAGUUUAGUAUGAUCUGAUCGGUGUUUUUCUUUCUCUCUCCCUAUCACAAGCAUUUUUUUUACUCCAUGAAAACAUCACGGCCUGAUCUGUGGGGUAUGAAAUGUUGUUUUUUGCUGACAUGUUUCGACAUGUCUCUGUGUGUUUCUGCUCUGCAUUGAGUCUUACAUAAUAUUUACACUUUGUAAUGCACCUUUAUGUUCCAGAGUUAUUAUGUGAAUAAAAGAAAAGACUUUGACCUUUGUAAAA